GUGGAACUCUUUAGUGCUUGGAGAACAUUUCAGUCUUGUUGUUGUAUUUUUUCGGUAAAAUUUUGAAAAAUGGCAACUGAAACUCAAAAUACGGAUGACAAGAAAGAAGAAGCAGGUGGAUCGAGUGAAGAGGCUUUUGAUUCAUUUUAUCAAGAGGUCAAAGCAAUUGAACAUAGAGAUUCAGUCUUAACUUCAAAACAACAGAUCGACAAACUAAGCAGACCAGGUUCUACAUACUUCAACCUCAACCCUUUUGAUGUACUUAAUAUUGAUCCAGAUACCUCACUUGCAGACAUUAAGAAGAAAUACAGACAGAUGUCAAUAUUGGUUCAUCCAGACAAAAAUCAACAUGAUCUAGAUAGAGCACAGAAAGCAUUUGAUGCUGUGAACAAAGCUUAUAAAACAUUAGCCAACGAGGAGGGAAUGAAAAGGUGCCAAGAAAUUAUAGAGGAGGCAAAAUCCAGGGUGGAAGAAAUGAUAAAAGCCAAAAGGAAGCAAUUAAAAAAAGAAGGAAAGAGUACAGAUGUACCAGAGGAUGAUCCCGAAAAGAAGAAGCAUGCAGUGUAUGUUCAGACCUGUAAGUUGUUUGCAGACCUUGAAAGAAUGAGGCAAGAGAGAGAAAUGAAAGACAUGCAUGAAAGAAAACGUAAAGCAGAAAAAGACGCAGAAGAGGAGGAGACAAAGAAACGAGAGACAGAAUGGAAGAAAAACUUUGAGGAGAGCAGAUCUGAUCGUGUGGACAGCUGGAGAAGCUGGAAGAGUGGGGGUAAGAAAUCAAAGGGGACGUUCCGACCCCCCAAACCCAAGGCAGAGAAGCGGUAGUACAUGCCCCGAGGUGUUCAUAUGUCAUUUUAUGUUGAACAUUUGUGAGAAAGUUGUGAUUUGUCUGCAUACUCAUCAUUUGCAGCAGAAACAUUUGUUUGAAUCUAUUGAUGUAUCUUUGAAAUUAUAGUGCGUUAAAAAUGGCUGUUGAUUUCUUAUAUGGCCAUAGGCUGUCUCAUGCACAACUCAAGCUGAUUUGUUUAUUUUGUUUAUGAUGAAAUUCUUACAUGGGCAAAACAACUUUUUAGAGUGAUUUCACACUUGAAGAUGCAUGUGUAUUAAAAAGGAAUUCACAAUCUGAAUUGCUGAAUUUCUAAAGCAUUAUAAUACAUUUACAAAGGUAUGAAUCACUGAUUUUUUAUUUAGCCAGAUACACAUCGGUUGUUAAAGUUCAUUAAUUAGUACUAAAGAAAAGAGUAAAAAUUCACUUUUGUUAAGUUUUAUUGGUUUCAGUGAACAGUUUUAAAAUCAACAAUCAAUACCUGCAACUAGGAUGGAACAGAUAAAUGAAAUUCAUUGAUAGCCGAGGUAUAACCCUACCAUGCCUUGACAUUUAUGUGAAACUUUUGUAAAGCUCUUUAUUUUUAACUGUACUUUUUCCCAAAACUAAUCAGUGUUGCAAGAUUAAAAUAGACCUUUGAUUGAUGAUAAUUAAAAAUCAAUAUGGAUGUCUUGAAGCAAUUUUACUUUGUGCUUAACGAUGCACUUCCUGACAGUAAUGUUUAUUUUGGUGAUUUUUCUGCAGUAAUGGUACCGCUGUUAUUUUAAAAAUUACCGUUUACAAUUAGAGGCUUUGAAUGAGGGACAUAUAUGAACAAUUACUAUAUUUGUCAACUGUAAAAAAGUUCAGAAUACUAAUAUCAUGAGAACAUACAGUAUUGAUGUUUUGAGUGUUAACUGACUCUUGAAAAACACACAUUAUGAUGAGCUUUAUUGGUCAUUUUUCUGUAUUAAAUGACUCUGUUACAAUAUAUAAAACAGCCAAUUUAUUUCAGGAAAAAAAUUCAGGUAUACAUGUAAUUCAUGUGUUUACAGAUUACAUGUACUUUAAUAUCAAUAUUUUUGCAUGCAAGGAGUUGUCAUUGAUUAUUCAUCUGAAGUUCAUUAGCAUAAAAGAAUCCAUAUUGCAUUGUAUUUCAUAUUAUGUCAUUCAAUUCCAUUUUUAAAUCAUUUAUUAUUAAAAAAAAAAUCGGCCAUUGAAGAGAUAUACGGUAUAUAUUUUAAAUCAAUAUUAAGUAUAUUGGUUACAGAGUAUAACAAACAAUUUGUUGUUUACAAACUUGUCUAAUGUAGUGUUUUCCAACCCCCCAAAAAUUGAGAUAAAUAAACACUGACAAACUU